AUGAAGGACGGCCGAGGCUACGACGUGAAGAACUUGUACAAGCAGACGGGGCUUGCUCAGCGCAUUGCCCGGAGCCAAUGGUUUGAGAACAUUACUAUGGUUAUCAUUGGCAUAUACGCGAUUUGGAUGGCCAUCGACACCGACCUGAACAACGCAGAUGUCAUCACCGAAGCCCCGCCCGUCUUCUUCGCCGUCGAACAGGUUUUCUGCACGUACUUCCUUGGAGAGCUGGUAAUUCGGUUCCUGGCCUUCGAAGAGAAGCGGAACUGCUUGAGAGAUGCCUGGUUCAUGUUCGACUUCACCUUGGUGCUAAUGAUGGUCCUGGAGAAUUGGGUGAUGACUGUGGUUCUGCUGGCCACGGGAACGGGUGGAGGGGACACCGACGGUAUCCUGGCCAAUGCAAACGUCCUGCGGCUCGCCAGGCUGAUGCGGCUGACGCGACUCCUCCGCAUGGCCCGCUUGCUGAGAAUGGUGCCUGAGCUGUUGAUCUUGGUGAAGGCCAUCGCCGCUGCGAUGCGCUCCGUCGGCUUCACGUUGAUUCUGCUGGUCAUCGUGCUCUAUGUGUUCGGAAUUGGAUUCACCCAGCUGCUCAAAGGCAGCGACCUUGGAGCCGACAACUUCUCAGGAGUGCUCCUGUCGAUGCAGAUGCUCUUCUUGCACUGCACGCUCCUGGACUCCAUCUCCGAGCUGGUCCAACUCUUCAUGUUGGAACGCCAGUGGGUGGCUCUGGCCCUCCUCUAUUCCUUUCUGAUCUUGUCAGCGAUUACCAUCGCCAACAUGCUCAUCGGGGUGAUCUGCGAAGUCAUCACGGCCGUGGCAGCUGCCGAAAAGGAGGCCAUCCAGAUUACUUUUGUCAAAGACACCCUGCUGCGCGUCAUGGGACGCUCGGAUGCCAAUACGGAUGGGAGGCUCCAGAAGAGCGAGUUCUUCAAGAUCGCUCGCGACAAGCAGGCCGUCAAAGCCCUCAAGGAGCUGGGCGUUGACAUGCUGACCUUGAUCGACUUUGCCGACAUCAUCUUUCAGGAGGCUUCCGGCGACACCGAGGACGAAGUUGAGGAGCUCUCAUUUUCAGAGUUCAUGGAGGUAAUUUUGCAAUUCCGCGGCUCGAACACUGCCACUGUCAAAGACAUGGUAGACUUCAGGAAGUGGUUCACUGUUCAGUAUCGCCAGAUGAUAAGGGACGACAUGGAAGAGAUCUUUGCUGGCAAGGGAUCGCAGUCGAUGAAUCGGCGUCACCAGCCCGGUGGCUUGCGGCAGACAAUCUUCAGCAGCACGGCACACCGCUGGACGCCACAGCAGGGCGACAGUGACCACGUGUCAGUCAACAUCUGA